AUGACUUCAGCCAGGGAAAUGACUAAAUCUGCAUUCAUUUUAUAUGCGAUCUGUUUCUUCAUAAAUUCUGAUGGAAAAGCUGUGAUGAAGAGGUCUGUAAGUGAAGUGCAGAUUAUGCAUGACUUGGGGGAACAUCUACAUUCUGCAGACAGGCAAAACUGGCUCCUUGAGAAACUGCAAACUGUGCAUCAUGAACCUGAGGCUGUUGAAGAAACUAAGCCCCGUGAAGUAAGGAGUUGGAGACUGCGCCCUGAUCAUGGGAAGCCAAAGAUGCAGAAGAAACCAAAGGAUUGGAACAAAGGUUAUAAAGAUAUCACCUUCAAAACCAAACCACAGUGAAAGU